AUGAUCUAUCCUCGUCACGCUUCCAUCAUACAACUCCUACUUAUCAAUCCAUCUAGANNCAGAUUCGAAACAAUAGCCGUCAGAGUUCCGUGCGUUGACUGUCCUGUAUACGAAGAUGACGUGGCCCUGGUCAGUAUAUACUCUUGCCAAGAGCGCCAUAUACCUCUUUCGACAUGGAAUACGCGUAUCUUGUCUAUUCUUGUAUCUGACGUCUGCCUCAGNGAUUUUGAGCUUCAAUAUCCUCGUCUCGACUCUUCGACAAACCUUUGCGAUGUCGACUUCACAUUGAACGGACGGCCCAUCGUCGUUGACCGCUCCAACCAGGGGCAAACAUCAACUUUGCACAUACCUCGCGGUCUAGCUAGCCAACAUUGGGACGUUGAUCUUGCGGUACAAGGCCUUUGUGAUUCUAUCGACGACGGUUCUGUCUCUACCCAGCGCGCCCUCUACUUCAACAUCACCAAAGUCGCUCAACAACCCCUGAUUACCCCCGGCACAUUCACAGUCGUCGUCGGCCACUCUGAAUCAGCUCAAGUUCUUAUUGACUCGGAGAUUGACGAACAGGCUGAUUGUACCUCAACAUUGAAGAGCGUGAUCAAUGAGAAUUCUUCCAUCCUUUCCAAGAUCGAGGCCAUCCCGAACGACAAUGACAUCAAAUCGCCGGCUGAUAUUCUUACCGUCGAACAAGUCCUUCGCAACCGCCUUCUCGAGCAGGCGACAAAGCUACAGAAAUUGAACCAACGCUGCCACAAGGACUUCUCUGAAAGUCUAGCUGACUGUCACAAGGAUAUCCCGUGUAUGAGCAAAGUCAUGUGCCAGCGCAUUCAUGACACUACCUACCAAAAGAUCAAGGAGAUCCAAGCAGCUCUCCAAGACUCUAUCAUGGUUAGCAAGGACCGACAGGACCAAUACGUUGCUGCCGAUGAGAAAGAUAACUGGAACUUCAACGUCAGCUCUGUCGACAACCUCCUGUCCGAUAUCGAGGAUGGAAACUCGAAAAAGUAUGCGCAUGAGUCGCAGCAUCCUUUGGUGCUUGCUCUGGAAAUUCUCGCAGCGGCAAUCGGUCUGAGUGCCCUUUGCGCAUUCAUUCGCCGCCGCUGCGGUUCUCUCCGUCGUCGCGUCGAACGUCUAUCGGACAAGGAGGAACGUCGACGAGCUCGUCAUUUCCGCUCUCUUGCACGCAAGGAAGCCCUUCGCAAGAAGUGGGUCUCGUUCAAACAGNNAGUCUUCAAGCGCUCCCCUCGCAAUGGAGACUACGAGGAGAAGCGCGCACUUGUCAUCGAAGCAGCUGGUGCAGUGGUCGAUGACUAUGCCGAGGGACAUUUACAGCAGGUCGAUGAUCUCGAGAUGGGUCACGCAUUUGGAGAUCUCCGAAAUGCGCGCGAGUUCGUGGCUAGUCUGGUUCACCUUGGGAGAGCGCGCAAAUCAUCAACUGCUGGCUCUGGAACCACCACUUUGCCCGAAUAUACUGAGGAGACAUUGCCGGACUAUACAUCUAUGCCAGAUGACUACGCACCUUCAAUUGUCAGCGUGGACUCCAUGAAUACUGGUAUCACACCGGACAGCAGUAUCGUCAUCACGCCCAGAUGCAGUCGCGAGACACUACGCACAGGCACCGACUUCAGCGCCGAGUGA